AGGAAAGUCAGCUGCCAGCGACAUGAAAAUGAGAUGAGAUCCCGGAGUCAACGAUUCCAGAAGUAAUUCCCUCCUUCUGUUCCAGCGCCUUAAGAUAUUCUUUCGGGGCUACCCAAGUCCAAGUAUUGACAUGAUGGCAGUCUUGCGUAUGAAUUCAACGCCUGUUCACCAUGUUCAUCCGUAUAUCCGGAUCAUACUACUCGUCACUCUUCUGAACUGUGGCUUGACAAUCCUCUUUUACUCUCAUGUCAUCUUUUUUCCCAUCAUUUCACAUUCGCAUCUACCUUUCGACACAAUCAGAUCAUUUGUUAGGCAUGUUUUGCGACCAUUGGCUGGCAGACCGGAUAUUUCAAAGUCAUGCGUUGAAGGACACCGCGAAGUCCUCGCCUCUGGAUACACCAUCAAGCUAAAAUGCAACAUGUAUCGUCAGGGAGUUACAUACGAUGAAGUCUCGUCGCAUAGUGAAUGCGCAGCUAUCUGCGAAUCACUCGCUGUCGACAUAUGCUCUUACCAUCCACCGUCAAAACGCUGUGUUGUGUCCAGCCUUCAUGGACGAGAUAUUCCCCGAGAAGGCGUCUAUUAUAUGACCAAAAUUGAGACCAGCGACAAAGAAGACAACGAGUCUUUCGACUUUGAAGAUCCUUUUGAAGAGACGCUAGCUGACAAAAAGGACGACUGCCUUCACCGCCUAGCCCGCCUCAAAGCCGAAUUGGAGCAUUGCCGCUCUGAACCCGUCCAAUCAACACCUCUCUGUGGCGUUCAGGGCAUUGCUAUUCACGGUCGUAUUGACAUGAUAAAAGCCACAGGAGUCAAUGCAUGCAAGGCUAUAUGUCUCGCCAACCCGUCAUGUCAAGCUUACUCUGCUUCCGACGAUCCGGGAGAUUGCACAGUCCUAACAAUGUCGGCCUCUGAUUCAGUUGUCUACCACUACCUCGCCAUCGGCAAGCUUGGCCGCGGUGAAGUCGUCAAGCUGUUUAUGAUCGACGCGGGUAUCAAGUUUGAAGAGCGCUUGUACGCCCGAGAUGCCACUUGGGGCGAGACGAAGGAGAAGUUGAAGAAGCAGGGCCUUACUCGCACUGGACAACUUCCUUCAGUAGAGUAUAAGGGCAAAGUCCUCACUGGGCACGUCCCCAUCCUUCGAUAUCUCUCGCGUGAGCUUGGCGCAUAUGAUGGCACAACCAAUGACGACAAGUACUUGGUCGAUCUCGUAUCAGACAUUUAUGUCGACUGGAGAGUUCAAUGGGUGGCCAAUCUCAAGGGCCUCAAUCCCGAGUACAAGGAGAAGGACGCUCCUCCAUACUAUGAGCUUCUCGGACAAUACUACGCUGAGCGUGAGGGACCAUAUCUACUUGGAGACACCGUCAGCUAUGCAGACUUUGCUGUCUAUGUAUCUCUCGAUAACGACAUUCGAACAGGAACCCUUCCGGAAACACUCCCCGAGUCCAUCGUCAAGUUCCGAACUGCUUUCGAGGCUCGACCCAACAUUGUCGACUACGUCAAGCAGGGCUAGGGUCAUUACUAAACCAUAGUUAAAAGUGAAGUGAAUAGCAAGGCCUUCUCAUCAAUCCCUGCGAGUGACUUGCGCGAAACCUCCUAUAGGCCUUGAGAACUCAAGUACUGUAGCAUAACUUCAUAUCCC